AUGAAUAAUACUAUUACAACAACAGCAGCUUCUUCAAAUGCUGGUUAUCCUAAACAACGUAUAGUCCAAAAUUUCGUACUAAUUUGGGAUGAUGCCAAUAUCGACGAGUCGAAACAACACUGUCAGAACACAUUGGCACAACUACGACGUGUUGUCAAUGCUGUCAACAUCUGCACUGUUUCAGAACAAUAUAUUCAGCAUCUCAGGGGCAUUAGCAACGAAAAGGCUUUUAUUAUAGCCUCUGAUGCAUUAGGUCAAAACUUGGUUCCCGAUAUCCAUCCCUUAGCACAGGUAGAAGCCAUUUACAUCUUCGGUCGCAAUAAAGCCUCGCAUGAGCAAUGGGCACAAAACUGGAGCAAAAUCAAAGGGGUGUAUACAGAAAUUAAGCCAAUUUGUGAAGCAUUGCAAUUAGCUGCCAAACAAUGCAAUGAGGAUUCCACUGGCAUUAGUCUGAUAUCGGCGGGUGAAGGGGCUUCCAGUGAGAAUCUAAACCAACUGGAGCCCACAUUCAUGUACACGCAAAUCUUCAAGGAAAUACUUCUUGAGAUGGAAUAUAAUAAACAAGCCAUCACGGACAUGGCAAAGUACUGCCGUGGCCUUUAUCAAAACAACAUGCGCGAAUUAAAUAUUAUUAAUGAAUUUGAACGUGAUUAUAAUCCAAAAACUCCAAUUUGGUGGUACACACGGGAGUGUUUUACUUAUCAAAUGCUCAAUCGUGCACUUCGUAAUUUAGAAGGUGACACAAUAAUUAACAUGGGGUUCUUCAUUUGUGACCUACACCGACAAAUUGAAAAAUUACAUAAAAAACAGGUCAGUAAAGUUUCCCUUGGAUUUGCUGAAAGUGCUUCGAAAAAAGGCGAUAUGGUCGGCAUCCUGUUCGUGAUGACUAUUGAUCCUUUGGUUUCAUCUGCUCCAUUCGCCGCCAUUCGGGAUGUUAGUUACUUCAAGACAGAAGAAGAAAUAUUGUUCUCCAUGCACACGGUGUUUUGUAUUGGUGAGAUUAAACAAAUAGAAACAAACAAUCCACUUUAUCAAGUGGAACUUAAAUUAUCAGCUGAUGAUGAUGAACAACUUCGCAGUCUCACCAAACGUAUACGAGAGGAGGCUGCAGGUCCGACAGGAUGGAGACGACUGGGCAGACUGCUACUCAAGGUAGGACAGCUUAAUAAGGCCGAAGAACUAUACAAUGUACUGCUCGAACAGCCAUCUAACGAGGAUGAUAAAGCACAUUAUUAUAAUCAACUUGGACUUGUCAAAUAUGAUCAACGUGACUAUAAGAGGGCUAUUUGGUAUCACGAAAAAGCAAUUGAAAUCAAACAAAAAACUCUUGCUCCAGAUGAUCCUUUAUUGGCUGUUUCCUACAGCAACAUCGGUGUGGUGUAUGGCGAAAUAGGACAAUACGCGAAAGCACUUUCAUUUUACGAAAAAACACUUGAAAUCGAACAAAAAACUCUUUCUCCCGAUCACCCUUCAUUGGCUACUUCCUACACCAACAUCGGUGGAAUGUAUUGCAACAUGGGAGAGUAUUCGAAAGCACUUCCAUUUUUCGAAAAAGACCUGGAAAUAUCUCAAAAAACUCUUCCUCCAAAUCAUCCUGAUUUGGCUACUUCGUACAACAACAUCGGUUUUGUCUAUGAAAAUAUAAAACAGUAUCAAAAGGCACUCUUAUAUCUUGAACAUGCUCAGGAUAUUUUACAACGUUCAUUACCUCCUAAUCAUUUUAAGAUUAUAAAUGGACGAGUAGGUAUUAAUAAUGUUAAAAUGCAAUUGUAA